AUGAUCUGGCCGGAAAUCCUAUUUCUCGCCCAUCUCCCACUUACGGGUGCCUUCAUCGGUGCAGGCUUGAAGCACCUCUACAGUAACCCAAAUGAAAAUUCAAAUUGGAUUACUGGAGGAGCCAUCGUUGCCACAAGUCUCCUGCUGGCACUAAUUAUCGGAUUAGUGAAGUGGCUGGUGGUCAGAUCCAAUAAAGAGACCUGUCUACUCAAAAGAUGUAAAAUUGAUAGAAUGAUUGGCUACGGUGGAAUCGCAUUGUGUGGUGUUGUCCCAAGAAUUUUGGUUUAUUUUUUGGAAGUCAAAGGAGAUUACGUUUUUCAUAUCCACUACUACCUAACCGUUGUCUCCCUUAUAACCUCCUUCAUCUUCUAUUUCCUCUUCUCUCUCACUUCCCAAAGAUACUGUAACCGAAUCAACAGUGUCCUCCACAAAAUCGCCCAUUUCAUCAACUUUUUCGGUCUCAUUGUGAUUCUAGUCGUCACCUCGCAGUUCAUUGUUGGACUACACCUAUGGGUGAUCGCUGGUUAUCACUUGGGAUACUUUGUGAUGUGUUGGGUUGGGAUUCGCGAGUUUCUGGGAGUUCUGGGAGGUGGGGCGCUGGUUUUGAAGGAGCAGGAGGAGUCGGAUGAAGAGAAGACGCCAAAAGUGUUGGAGAAGGAGCCAUUGAGACUCGAUUGCAAACUCUGUUUCAUCACCUACUCCACUACCACCCAUAUCCCACGAAUCCUCAAAGAAUGUGGACAUACCGUAUGCGAGAAGUGCGUCGACAUCCUCCUGAAAUCACACAACGGACAACACGUCUUCUGUCCGUUCUGCCAGAAGGUUACUGUAGUCAAUGGUGCUGCCAACUCGCUGCCAAAGAACUACGAGACGUUGGAGGCGAUGGAGUGGAGAGAUGCAGCGCCGAGUGCACCGGAAGAGUAUAUCGAGACUGAUGUGUGUGAGGAGGACUGA